GCAAGAUGGUCAGCGAGAUCAUCCCCAUCACUGCCGAGUCGGUCCGCCGGUGCUGCUGUGACACCAAAGCCCCUGGCGUCGCCUCCGCCGGCUUCAAGCGACCAUCCCUCUUGUGCUGCCACAGGCCAACACAAAGCCUAAGCCGCCAAAGCCCAGGAGCAGCUUGUCAAAGGCCACCCACAUUCCCCACCCACUGGUCUUGCCCCCGCCUGCCAGCAGCGAUACGGCAGCCGAGCCUGCUGCUAAGCGCCCACGCGCCAUGUCUCCACCCGAGCCAGAGUAUCGUCCGCAGCAUUUGCGCUCAAACGCCAAUUCAGACGACGACGAUGACGACGAUGACGAGACCCCGUUAGCUGCCCAGCUUGCUGAGGUUCUGGCCGCCCAGGGUGCUGAGGAAGCCGCUGUGCUGGCUGCCAGCUGCCGCUCGUCACCGACCCCGCUAGCACCCGCCGGUUUGCCUGCGCCACGCGUGCCCAGCGACAGCUCGCGCCCACUAUCUGCUGUCGCUCAGCUACCAGCGCACAGCCAGCAGCGCCGCAUGUCCGAUAUUGCCCAGGUUCGCCCUGAGCUAAUGGGUGCCCCGUCGCAGACUGUCUCGUCGCUGGUGCUCCCGUCGAAGCCCAUCUCCAAGAGCCCCAUGACACCGGGCGUCGCCUUUGCUGGCGAGUCGCCCACUGGAGUUGCCCACCAUGGCCCGCUGCGCACACCGUCGCCGGCUGCGUCAGGCGCCAUGACUGCAAAGAAGAGCGGCUACUCGUCGUACUGGUCGGUACAUGAGCGCUCGGCCUUCAUGCACUACGUGGCUCGCCUUGGCCCUGACUGGGCAGCAAUUGCCGAGGCCAUUGGCUCCAAGACCGCCACUCAGGCCCGCAACUACUUCCGCACCAACCGCGAGAAACUGAAGCUGGAUGUGGUUCUGGCCGAGUACGAGCGCAACAAGGCUGCUGGCACUGUGCCACCAAUGGCUCCCUAUGUAGUGCCUGGCUCCAGCUCCACCCACCCUGCUGGUGCCUCUGCCGACGCAGCUGGCGCUGCCCCGCGGAAGGAGAAGCGCGGCCGGAAGCGCAAGACUGAAUCCAGAACCUCGCCGGCUGUGCCUGAGAACAUGCCGCUGGCAAUGAGCCUGGCAGUCAACCAGCCCCACCAUGCCCAGCCUAUUGCUGCCCAGCCCAUCACUGCGCCAGCUACGCUGACCAGCAUCCCGACCAUCGGCAUUGAUGGCGGCAGGGCGGUGGUGGUUGCGCGCCCAUCCGUUGCUGUCCCUCCACCGCCGUUCGCCCAGGAUGGCCCACGCAGUGCUGGCGUUACCAAAGCGCAGAGAUAUCCCCCAUCGCAGAUCCAGACUGCCCAUACCUUCCACCAUCAGCCCCCGGCCUCGAUCGGUCAGUCUCACCCCACCAGGCCAAUGUGGGCUACUCAGCAACAGCAGCAGCCUCAGCAGCAGCAGGCGCAACAGCAGCCACGACCCUCUCCCAUUGCCCCAUCCUAUGCGCCCUCCCAGCAACAGCCGCACCAGCCAGCCUACUCCCUGCCUCCAUUGAUGGUGCGUGGCCAUGAUAUGCCCGAUCGACUGCCCGUAGUCACCCAUCGCGGCGAUUCAGACACCCCAUCGUCCCAGCCCACCCCGCCCCCGGUCGACGGUCUACCCCGGUUCUCAUCGUCACCUGCUCCGCCUGUGCAUCAGCGGCCGCGUAUUUCCAGCCCGCUUCCCCGCAUCAAUGCCACUCGCACCUACAGCCCAGCGUCGCUGCCGCCGCAUCCGCACAGUGCGCUGAAUAUAGCAAGCAUCACCAACAGCGAGCCUCGCAAGAUGAGCGUGACCAAAAUCAACGCUCUGCUCAACGACGAUGAGCCACCCCCACCGACCAGCAAGUGGCAGGAGCCAGCCUCUGCUCCACCAAAACCUGCUGUGAGCAACGACGAUGAGGCAACGGGCAUGGCUGCGUUGGCGUUGGCCUCAAUGAUGGAGGCUGGACGGCCUGCUUCCAGCAAACCACAGCAGCAGCCGUUGCCGCCCAGUUCAAAUCGCCCGAUCGAGCCGGUGCCACCGCAUAUUCCAGCUGGCACCUCGCAUAUUUCCAACAGCCAGCCGAUACAGUCGUCCCCAAUCAGUGCCUUCCAGCCAGUGCACAGUCGCUCACCUCCGAUUGUGAGCCCACGACCAGCGUCUGCUGGCCCCACUGCCUUCCAGCCGCGCCUAGCCUCGCCAGCACACCCGUACCCCACGCACCAGCAGCCUCCAGUGCAAAUGUACCAGCCCGCCCCACCUCGCACAAGCGCCGGGUACAUACCACCACCACCCGGCCACCCAAUGGGCAGCGAAGGGAGGCAGCAGACCACAGUGCUGCCUCCCAUCAUGACCCACUCGUCACCGCCGCCGCCUCAGCCGCAGCCAACACCGCAUAUUCCUGUCCAGCAGCAUCAGCAACGUGUAAUUGGCCAGUCACCACAGGUUUCCCAGAUGCAUGGUCAGAUGCCAUCUCGCCAGCCUGCAUACCUGCCGCCUGCAAGUCUGCCGCAAACAUACCCGAUGUCUGCACCCAGCCAUACUCCAGCCCCGCCAGCUCACUCGCAUUUCUAUAUGCAGCAACCCCCGCCACCGUCUCAGCAGCAGCAGCACCAACGUAUGCCGGUGAUGCACCAGCGAUCGCCAAUUGGCCAUCCACAGGCACCACCCCCACUACACCAACAGCGGUAUCCGCCGCCGCAGCCGCCCCAGCAGCCAUACGAUGAUCUGCAGCGGUAUCCGGACCAGCAGCGACCACGCUAGUGUUAUAGUCGUUCUAUAUUUGCCAUAUCCUGUGGUUAUCACUCAGUACAACAUAUCCACCAUCACCCCCAUCUCUAUCAGCCAGUGCUCCCAUCCUUGCCGGCUACUUCUUUGCUGGUGACCACAGCUUUGUGUUUAGGCGCACACAACGACUUUUCAACUGCUGCCAUUACGACACCAACGCACACAUCGCUCGCUUUCAACUCUGCGUAGAAAUCCGGCUGACAGCACACCUGCUGCUGCAUAGGUGCAUAGAGCUAUGCUUACUGCAUGGUGUUGCCUGAAUUGUACGGGCGACAUAGUUUCCCAUCUGCCCACAUGUACAAAGUGCGCCGCUAUGCCAUUCGAGUUCGGCAUUAGCAGCAUCGUAGAAAUGCACAGUCGUUGUUUUACCGACUAAUCUUGUCGCUUGAAUAUACAAAGCUGGAUAACCAGAUACCACAGGCACCUAGUAUUAUACCAACGCUGUUAC